AUGACCAAUACUCAAGUUAGGGUCAAAUCCAGGGAGCAAAAAUUUUUCAUUCUAGACAUUGACGGAAAUACCAAUAGCGAAGAAGUAGCAGAGGCUAUCACCAGGAAAACCGGUAUUGAACAGCAACAUUUCGAGCUUAGGGCGAUGAGCACCAGCCAAAGCGGAAACCAAUCUGCCACGGUCGCUGUGCAGCAGAAACGCGGCGGUAAACUCCUAGAGUCCACCAAGAUUAAAAUCAGCUGGUCCACCUGCAGAGUAAAACUCAAGUUUCAGCUAACUCGUUGCUAUAGAUGCCUUGGUUUUCGGCAUUGGACCGCAGUCUGCACAGGUCCAGACAGAUCCAAGAACUGCAUGAACUGCGACUGUACAGGAAACCAGGCUAAGCUAUGCUCCGAGGAACCACAAUGCUUCAACUGCAACGAAAAAAAAAACAGAAUGGACAACACAGGCUGUCCCAAGUACCGAGAACUGCUCGAAUAA